CACCGCACAUUCAUUCACUUCUCUGUAGAAAAAACAGAGCAUCCAUUAACCGAACAGGGGCGACCAUUUCCUUCCCUCAGAGAACACAACAAUGGCGGUGGUUAGAACAAAGACCUUAGCUUUCACAGCAAUCGUGCUUGCCGCUCUGCUCCACAGCUCUGCCGCUCAGAGUACCUACACCGUCGGCGGAACCACCGGGUGGACCAUCCCUCAGGGCGGCGAUUCUGUUUACACCAAUUGGGCCUCCGGCAAUUCGUUCGCCGUCGGUGACAUUCUCGUAUUCAAUUUCGCCGUCGGAAUUCACGACGUGACGCAAGUGAGCAAGGCGAACUACGAUGCCUGCUCUGCAUCCGACCCGAUGCUGAUUGCGACAACGAGUCCGGCCAGAGUGACGUUGAACUCCUCCGGCGAGCAUUACUUCAUCUGCGGCUUCCCCGGCCACUGCAGCGCCGGCCAGAAGGUCACCGUCAACGUCCUCGCUUCCAACUCUGCUCCCUCUCCGGCUCCCAUGGCUUCUUCUUCUCCUGCUCCACGCCGAGCUCUCACCCCUGCUUCCGCUCCUUCCCCUGCCUCCACCGCCUCGGCUCCGACCCCGUCGACUUCCCCUGUUUCCGGCGAUUCUCCGUCGUCGGCGCCGGGUUCAUCCGCCAGGCCGCCGAUGACUUACACGGUGGCGGAUUCUUUCGGGUGGAACAUCCCCAGGAACGCUACUCUGUUCCAGAGCUGGGCCGCCGGCAAGGACUUCAUGGUCGGCGAUGUCCUCGUUUUCAACUACUCCGCCGGCGCUCACAACGUGGCGGAGGUGACGAGCGACGCCUACGCGGCGUGCACCACCACCAGCCCGAUAUCUCUGGACAGCAUGCCGCCGACCAGAAUCACGUUGACCACUCCCGGCGAGCAUUUCUACCUCUGCGCAAUUCCCGGCCACUGCACCGCCGGCCAGCAGCUAUCCAUCAAUGUCACCGGCGAAGCCGGCGGUGCUUCCCCAUCAGGAUCGCCGUCUCCCGGUUCGGGCGACAUGGCCCCGCCGUCGCCCAAUUCCGCCGCGUCCGUCGCCGGAGUGUCGGCCGCCGCGCUUUUGUCGGUUUUCGUAGCUCUGCUGUUUUGAGUGGACUGAGUAGCUAACUAGUAGUAAAGCGCGUGAAAUUCUCUUCCUUUUUUUCUCCCUUUUGGCUCUUCGAUUAUUUCCUUUGUGCCUUUGUUCAUUGUUGUUGACUAGUUAUAGAUAAGAUAUGAAUGAUUUUAUCACAUAUUGUAUUAAUAAAAUCCAUUUUCGAGCCUCGAUGAAUGCAGAUUUCACAAUGAAAGGACAAUGUACUUUAUUCAAAAAAAAAGAAAGGACAAUGUAGAAACCCGAGAAUAAAUCGUAAACUUUACGAGAGUAUUUUCCAUGAGAACUUAAUAGUUUGAUUGAUUGCUUCUCCAUAAUCUCGUGAUCAUAUUCAUUAGGUUCAUCAUAUACGUAGUUGCCGGAUGUUAAAUUCUAUUAUAACAACUCCAAAACAGGAUAAUUGUGUUUUAAAGUUGAUUACUUAGCCAAAUCAUGUCAGAUUACGCUUUUAUAGUACCUACAUUUACAAUCAGCCAAGUGUCUAGUAACCUUUUGAAAGUCAAAGCUCUUGAGAAUGGCUUAAAGGGUUUAUCGUGCCUUGCUUUGCAUCAAUCCCUUUUGGGGGUGGGGGAAGUUGAGAUAACAUGAACUUUGGUGACUAUCAAUCAAAAGGAAUCCCUUCUUUAGGGAACUUUCUAAACUAAUGGGUCGUUUAGAUGAUAAAAUCGGAUGAAAUAAUUUGACCCAAUUACGCAAAAAAUAAAGUAAUCGUAUCAAGUUUCAUUGUUUGGGAACAGAAAAUAGGAAUGCAUCAAUGGGACCGUGACAAUUUGAAAUGCUCCAUUUUGCAUCAAUCUGAAUUGAUAGGGGGGAGGGGGCAAGCAUUUCGAAAUGAUACAUCAAUUGUGAUACGAAGUAAUUUCUUCAUCCAAACGACCUCUUAGUGGUUUGCUUGUCGGAUUUGAAAACAAGAGUUUUGAAUUUUGAAAAUCUGCCGCAGAUUUGAUGCAUUAUGUAAUUGAAGGAGCCCAUUGUUUGUGUAGUUAAUUAUUUUUAUCAUGGACUCAUAUCUUUCUGUACCAAUAUUUUCUCGCCUCAAACGAAAUCAUAAAUAAAACACGAGAUUUACA